UUAAAUUUUGACAUACACAAGUGUGUGCGUUCCCUUAGCUUGAGAGGGUGGUCAAAUCUAUGGAGAAGGCACCGGGGACGGCUGCGUUGGUGGUGACGAAGAAUCCGAGCCCGCACGUGCCCUUUGACGUGCCUUCCAACCACCACACGCGGUCGAGCUCCGGCGACUUUGAAUCCUCCAUUGACCACCUUGACAAGGGACGUUACCACCCACGUUGGUUUGCAUGUUGUGCAUGGUCAUGCCUUGUUGUGUUCUUCUUCAUCAUAGUACUUCUCUUUCUUUGUGUAACCUACUUGGCCUUUCUCAAGUCAGGGAUGCCAAAAGUUAACGUGAAAAAGUUCUACAUAACCAAGUUUCAAGUUGAUGAUGGCUCACAAAAGAUGAAUGCAGUUAUAGGGUUAGAAUUGAUGUUCUCCAACACGAAUGGCAGGCUCAAGCUUUUGUAUGGUCCUCUUGAUGUUGAUGUGAGAAGUGAGGAUAUGAUCUUGGGGAAGAACAAACUAAGUGGCUUCUUUCAAAGACCAAUGAAUGACACCAACUUGGACAUCACAAUGAAAAUGGAAAAUGCUGACGUUAACAAGUAUGCCGCUGAGGACUUCAAAUCAGACAUGAAUGCCAAUGAGGUUGUGUUUGAUGUGUAUGUGGGUGGACACAUUGGUUUUGAGGUUGGGAAUUUGGAUAUGAGUAACAUUCCCUUUCUAGCAUCUUGUCAUCAAAUCAACAUGAUGGAUGUGGAUAAUGGAAGGAGGCCUGAAUGCAGUGUUAAGAUGUUUGCUAUCAGGCCUUCAACAAACUGAGAAAAGCAAUUACAAAAAGUUUAGUUAUGGGAGGACGAGUAAUUUAUUGAUAGGGAUCAGAAUUUCUGCAAAUAGUAAACUGUACUCACAAGCCAUUAGAGACAUGAACAUUUUGAAGUUUUAUAAUCUAGAUAAAAUUGUGUAUUCUUCAUUGUGGACAUGUAUAUACGGUCUAAUUAAACAUUUGUUUAUCAUUGUUACAGCCACUUAUUUCGACCGUAAGACUAAAUUAACAAAGGAAAUUUUGGGUAGCCAA